ACAGGCUGUAAACUGAAAAUACUCCGUUUGCUGCAGAAAUCUUCCACUUUGUUCUCCCAACAACGGGAGGACUCAGCUUUUUUCUGUCAACCGGGCUGCGAAAACAACUCAUGCCGGCCUGUGCUGGACUGCCAGGCCCGGCGGCUCCCCGGCAGGCCUCGCUGUUCGCCGACUGAGCAUCAGUCCCCACGCCGAGGUUGGGUGCGUUCUCCGCGGCCACAGAGGCGCAGCAGGCCCGGGCGAAGCUCCAGCCUCGUGCCUGCGUGUGGCUGGAAGCUGCGGGAGGGGAUGAACUCCGCCGGCUCCGGCGCGUCUGCAGUCAGAGCCUGGCUGUCAGCAUGAACGGCACUCAGCAGAGUGAUACGAAGAGGCAGCACCUCCUGGAGAGGCUGCUGGAUGCUGUCAAACAGUGCCAAAUCCGAUUUGGAGGAAGAAAGGAGAUUGCCACCGACUCUGACAGCAGGGUGAUCUGCCUGUGCGCGCAGUUCGAAGCGGUGCUGCAGCACGGCCUGAGGAAGAGCAGAGGUCUGGCCCUCACCGCCGCCGCUCUCAAACAGGCCGCCGGCUUCAGCAGCAAGUCCGAAGCAGAGUUGACCUUCUGGUUCUACGUGAAGGAGCACCUGAACCGCCACGAGCUCCAGCGUUUCUACUCGCUGCGCCACAUCUCCUCGGAGCUGGGCCGGGGUCGGGCCUGGCUGCGCUGCGCCCUCAACGAGCACUCGCUGGAGCGCUACCUGCACACGCUGCUGGCCGACCGCCCACGUCUGGGAACUUACUACGAAGACUGGGCUUUUAUUCUGGAUGAAGAGAGAGCAAGUAUGCUUCCCACCAUGGCGGCAGGCCUCAACUCCAUCCUGUUCGCCGUCAACAUCGACAACAGCGACCUGAACGGCGGCGUGACGCGAGCGGGGCCGUCGGUGUCCCACCUCCUCAAGGAGUCCACGCAGGGCAUCGGCAGCCUGCUGAAGGAGUCCACCCAGGGCGUGAGCAGCCUGCUGCGGGAGAUCAGCACGGCCACCGCCGUGGUGCCAGGGUUCAACCCCCGAGCGGACGGAGCGUCCGACCCGCUGCCCGUCGUCCCACGCAGCACCUCCGCUGAUUCGGGACUGAGGAAAGAGCGCCGGAGGAAAAAGAAGAUCACCAACAUCAUUUCCUUCGACGACGACCUGGACGGCGGAGCCGAGGAUGAGGAGGAGGCGGACGAAGCGGCCGCCAUGAGGAAGAGUCACACGGCUCCGGCCCAGAGCAGCGUGGAGGAGGGGAUCGACCCUCUGGAGCCGGCGCUGUCGGAGUCGCCGGCCCAGAACGGGCUGGACGAGCCGGGCAUCGUCAGCUGGGUGGGAUCCCCACACCCCUGCCGCACGCCGCCCGCCUCAACCCCCCCACUGCCCGACAGCAAGAGCAUCGACAACGAGGAGGAGGAGGAUGAGGAGGAAGAGGACAUGUACAAACCCCGAGCACAAACGCAGGAGGAGAUCAUCCCCUCGGAUCAGGUGGUGGUGGGCAGCCUGUCCAGCGUUUCCACCUGGAGUCCCAUCCAGGUCAUGGUGGAGCACAGCAGCUCCGAUAUCCUCAUCCCCCUGAGCCCUGCGGACCCUCAACCAGUGAGCUCCGUGGAGGACACCGCUGCGUUUCCUGCUCAGUGCGGCUCGAUGGCGUCGGCGGGGAACUGCGAGAGCGGCAGAUCACAGCUGACAUUCAACAUGGAGUCCAGUCCACCGGCGCACUCGGCUCCGCUCGCCGCCGUGCUGCCAACAUCUGGCCUGCCAGAGUCCAUGACAGUGGUGGAGCUGCGUCAGGCCAUCGUAGCCAUGAUGAACAGGAAGGACGAGCUGGAGGAACAGAAUGCGUCGCUGCGCAGCCUGCUGGACGGCGAGAUGGAGCACUCUGCAGGCCUGAGGCAGGAAACGGACCUGCAGAAGAAGAAGCUGGCAGAGCUGGAGGAGAGACACUCGGCCAAGGUCCAGGCGCUGGCCAGGGAGAAUGAGGUCCUGAAGGUCCAGUUGAAGAAGUAUGUGGGGGCGGUACAGAUGCUGAAGAGAGAGGGGAGCCAGAGCAAUGAUGCACUUUCAAUGCUGCGGUCCAGUGAAGAGCAAGCUCCCGUCCCGCAGAAUAAGUUCAUGGGCGACAUCGAGGAGCUGGCCGCCAGCUAUGAACGCAAGCUGAUAGAGGUGGCUGAGAUGCACGGUGAGCUGAUAGAGUUUAAUGAGCGCCUGUACCGUUCCCUCAUGGCCAAAGACCACCUCAUUGUCCAGAUGCGUCAGGAACUCAUCGACCUGAGAGGACCGGUUCCAGGCGAUUUAAGCCAGACGUCAGACGACCCGAGCCUGUCAGAUUUUGAAACGGCUCAUCGCGCCCUCAUCAACGUGUGGAUCCCCUCGGUGUUCCUGCAGGGCCGAGCUGCCAACGCCUACCACGUCUAUCAGGUGUACAUCCGUAUCCUGGACAACGAGUGGAACGUGUACCGGCGUUACACCGAGUUCAGGGAGCUGCACAACCACCUGAGAACCCAGUUCCCACAAGUGGACGCCUUUAACUUCCCACCCAAAAAAGCCAUAGGGAACAAGGAUGCCAAAUUUGUGGAGGAGAGGAGGAAGCAGCUGCAGGGCUACCUUCGCAUGGUGAUGAACAAACUGAUCCAGACGCUGCCUGAGUUCACAGCUCGACCCACCAAAGAGACGCUGCUGUCUCUGCUGCCUUUCUGUCAAGACACACCCCAAGCCAACGACAGCGGAGCCAAGACCCCUCGGUCCAAGACUUCAUCCCGCUUCCCCAGGCUGGGCCGCAGCCGCACCCAGGAGGCCAGACCCGAGCCGCAGAGCGGAGACCUCUGAAGUGGGAAUCGGUGCACAGCCCGAGGACCUCCUCGUCCAGGCGCCUCUCGGCGUUCGGAAGCGUCUCAUCGAAACCUCUAAAUGGUUCCAGACAAACGAAGAAAAAAAGACAAAGCGUCGUCCGAGAAACGGAGAUGGAUGCGGUUUGCGCCGCGGGUCUCUCGGGGAGAGAAUAUGUAAAUGUUUCCGUGCUGCCUGGCUGAGUAGACGGUGAACGAGUCACUCGAGGCUGCCUAUCGGUGGACCCAAUCACACAGCACCUCUUACCUCACUGAGAGAUCAGAGUACUCUCUGGAAACUGCACACGGACUACCCUGAACUGCUCUCCAACACGCUGAGAGGAUGGGGGCAUUUCUUCCCUUUUUUUUUUUCUUUUUUUUUUUUUACACUCUUGAGAUUUGUAGUGAAAGUGUAUCAUGGUCACAGUGCCUACAGUGUUUUGUAGCUGGGAUGUGUGCAGAGAAGUGACGAGGUGGUAGAUUUGAAGACUUGUUUCAUUUUGGGGUUUUUUUCCAGCUCAUACGUCAGCAUCAUGGUGCCAUUAACUCUUUGAACGACAACAGUGAUUCACAAUCAGUGACGUGGACCACCAAGCAACGGGCAUUCUCCAUCCUGUUCCUGCUAUGUUAUACUAUAGUGUUUUUUUUUUUACAAUAAUCUGAUGAGGAUGAAUCAUAUCUUAAUGCCACCAGAGAUACAGUGAUGAUCAAAAAUACAUUUAAAAUAUCAUAUACAAGUAAAAUAAUGACAAAGUAGGGACUGUGCAAAAGUUACUGGGCAGAGGAGGUGGUGGAAUCUUCUAUUUUGCCUUCUCCUGGGUGGUUAUUAAUAUCUUUCUUUUGACCUUUUCCCCGGACUUUCUCAUCAGCAAUGUCUCUGAAUAAAAUAUAGCCCAACAUCACAUCUCAUCCCAACAUUAAUAACACUUUUCACAGGUCUGAAAUUAAAAUUUUUCACGUUUGGGCCAAACGACGGAAACAUGACGGCUGCUUCCCAGAGGUGCACCGAACAUUCACAGAGAUGAAAACUGCCCAAUGCCUUGCUCAUCGCCUGCCGGUAGGAGAACCACAACCUCUGAAAGGGGCCUUCUUUAAGACUGGACUGUAACAGGACAAAAUGAAAUUAUGAAUUUGACUUCAACAAUUCUGACAGCUAGUGUUACUGAUGGCAGCAUGGUUUAUGUCAGUAAUAUAGCUCCCUUGGUUGUUUCAUAUUCAGUCGUAUUUAUGUUAUUCCUAUUUGAACAUAGUUAGAAACAACGUAAAUUGGAAAAUAGUUACAUAAUUGUUCUCUUCAAUCAGUGAAAAAGGUUCACUUUUUGGUUUAUGAACAUCAUUUGACACGAUAAAAUUGAAUUUCUUUUUUAAUUUAAAACUUUUCUCUCAGCUUGACAGUGAGGAAUCAAGGAAAGCUAUGAAGUGAGUCGUUUGAUGUAUUUUAACCCUCUCAAUAAAAACCACCCUUUGAUAAUUAAGAGACAAAUGGAACAUUUUCCUCUGCCUGGUCAUUUCUGGACAGUCCCUGUUGGAGAAAUGUUGUAUAGAAGCCUAAAUUCUUAAAAGAAAAUGUCUCUCCACAUAUCCAGUUCUUAUCAAUUUCAUGUUUUAAUGUAUAUGCUGAAUUAUUGUUGACUGCUUUUAUGAAGAGAUCCCAUCUGCUGCACUGCACAGCUCACUCUGAUUGUUUAGCUGACGUGUCAAAGCCAGAUUUAACGCAAUGUUAUGUCGCCAAUGAAUGUUUUGAAAAAAAAAAAACAAA